AUGGGGUGCGGGGGAACGGGGCCGCGGGCGGGGCGACGGCAGCGGCGCCCGUCUGCAGGCUGCACCCACCCCCGCGCCCGCGGCACCUGCGCGCCCUCCCUACCCGCGGUUCUAUCUCCCCCCAAGCCCGGGUGCCGCCCGCGGCGCGGGGCUCUGCCUCCCCCGCCCGGGCGCCGGGCCCCCGCAGGCGGGCGGCGGCUGCUGCUGCCGCUGGAUUCCCAGCCCGGAUGCAGGGAGCGGGACGAGGUGGCGGAUGCUCAGCUCGCCGUGCAGCUCGAACGUUCUCAAGCUCCUCUCUUCUUUACUAACUUUACUGAACGUGUGUGUGCGCGCGCGCAGCCCUUGCAAAAAGUACCGUCGAGAAAUGACUAG